AUGAGGGAGGAGGAAUGGAUGAUAGGAAUGGGUGAUAGUAUUUGUACGCCAGCUAAACUCGAAAGAAGGGAAAAAGCAGUAAGGUGCACUGGUUCAACGAACCUUGAACAACUCCGUACUACUGGGUAUGGGUGUAAUACGCUCUUCACCAAUUCCGGAAAUUAUACAUCAGAAGGGUUUGGUAGUGAAGCGGGUGGUACCGUCUUCAGUGGUUUGCUGAAGGACGAAUGCCGUAAUGGAUCACUCGAGAAUGUUUUCCGUUCAUCAGAUACAAAUUGCUCUCCUUGCUCUGAAUGUUGUGAAAUAAUUCAAUCGUUUCCAUCAAAAAGAGAACAGCACGCAGUUAUUCCCGCGAUAAGGGCGGAAGGACAAGUGAACGAGCUACUGGAAUCCAUGGUAAUGGCGAAUGGUAGUAGUAGCAAUCAAACAACUGACAGAACCUGCACUGAUGUCGAAAAAAUACUCCACAAUGAAUUGUACAGGAAACCAUUUCAGCAAUUUCUUGAGCAACAGUUUUGUGCCGAAAAUAUUAAUUUUUAUAUGGCCGUGGAAGAUUAUCGUUCGAUCCCCGAUUCAGAUUUAGAGAAAAGAGCAGAAGUCGGCCGUCAGAUUUUUGAGCGAUAUUUCGCGCCAAAUGGUAUAGAACCGGUAAAUAUUGAUAACAGUACAAGCAAAAGCAUUAGAGAUGCAGUAAUGUCGGAAGAUUUCACACCUCAACUGUAUGAUGUGGCACAAUAUCAGAUAUUUCAUUUAUUGAAAUAUGAUUGUUGGCCACGUUAUCUACGUGCUGGUGGCGUAGCACCAACAUUUGAUGAUGAUCCUGAUGAAACAUCUGGGACUUCAACGACAGGUGGAUCAACUUUUCGAUCAAUCUCUUCUGGUGCUCCACCACCAAGUACUUCUAGCUCAAGAGUUGCCGAAGUAUGUACCAAGUUUUGCACAUUGAUGCUUAAUGAUGCACCUUGUGUUGAGCAAAUUGCUCUUCAUGAUCCGACGGAAUCGGUAGGCAAAUGGACAGCAACAGUUGCAGCUCAACAUGGUAUGGAUCCAGGUGCGACUGAAGUUGUUGAUGCUCAGUCGGGUGCAACGAUUGACCCAGCUCGACAAGCUGUCGAUGCAUUAAAUAACCGGUGCGUGCGUUUGUUACCUGUGCUACUUUUUGCCGCCGAAAUAAUGAUUCCAAAUGCUCCAAAUAAAACGGGUACAUCCACAACAAAUUCGAGAAUUGUACUACUGCGAGCCCGACAUGGCCUUUCAUUGAAUGUUGUGUUAAGGCCAGUUUUGGCGAAAUAUUUAAUUGAUUACGAUUCAUGUGUUGUUGUUCUUCCAAGCUCCUUCGAUGCUGUUAGCUGGCAGACAACUGUUGGUACGAUACGACAACGAUUUGUUUUGGUGAUGACGCAGCAAAAAUAUCAAGAAAGAAGACAUUCACCGAAGCGUGAAAUUGCUAAGGAAUUUCAUUCAACGCAAUUUUCAACACCAGCAAUGAAUUUGCCAUUCUAUCAGCAUGGUGAUGUUGCAUUUGUUGAACUACCAGCUGAUUUCGAUUUACGUACAGGCAAGAUGAAUGCAACACGUUCCUACUGCAAUGCUAAGACUGAUCACACAUCUGGCUUGUUGAAAUUUGUUCGGAAAGCAAGCCAAGCAGUAACAAAUCGUGAACCAUCAUCAUCCGAUACUACCGGACUCUCAUCGUCGUCCCAUCAGUAUCAUGCGGGAUCACUGCAGCAACAACGAAAACAACAUUCUGGUGGUCACAAUAAUUCUCAGUUAGCUCCUUCCAGUUAUACUGAUGAAAUAAGGCGGAAAUCGUUGGGUACAUUUCAACGAAUGCCGAGUGCCGCCAUGGCCGAUAUCCCAUAUUGUGGUGAAGAUACUGCCGUUGAAAAUCUUAGGUUACCUCAAAAUACAAGGAGUACUGGUUCUACAAAACAAAGUAAACGGGAACAUAUCGAUGGUAGAGAGAAAGUGUUCGAAAUUCCGGAAUUUUUGAGGAAGGAAAUUACUCCGGAAAUGCGUAAUACGGAGAAGAAAUUGACAUUAAUUGAUUCUAACGCUCCCAAAAUUCCUUCCUUGUAUACGUCAACAGUUUCCAGUGAUAAAGAUUUUUCUCCUGGUGACCGCAAGGGAAGUUUGGGAUGGCAGCAUGCCGAUUAUGUAUAAAUAAUAUGUACUGUUAGGAUAUUCAAUUCAUGUAAAGGAAAAUCGCAGACAUCUAUGGCAUAUGUGAUGUGUACAUAUUCGUUGUUUGAGUAGUACUAUCCAACAAGAAAAAGAUCAAACUACAAGAUCGGAAAAAAAAUCGAAUUUGCAUCCUUUCUUGUCAAAAUUGUAUUUGUUUACUUUCUUGCUCUUUUAUUGAAAUUUUAUAUUCAUGAAAUGUGCUUCUGUUUUUUCCUUUUCAUUUUAAAAAUACUAUUAGUGGAGAAUAUGAAAUUGUAAAUUUUGUCUUGUAUUUGCACUUUUUUUUUCUUGUUCCAAAUUAAUGUAUGCGUAUUAGAUUACCGGUAUAUUUUGCCACACAAAAUGGAUAGAGAAGUGAAAUUCUAUUAUUUAUUGAGUUUAAA